AGGGUAGGCUGACCUGAUGGGACGAAGAUUGAUAACCCAAGCCUCAGGAAAACGCUGGCAGGGUGACUCGCUGGCUUCUGGGGGAGAGAGGAGGGGAGCGGCGGGCUGGAGUGGGACACAAUGGAAUCCGGCUUCACCUCCAAGGAUGUUUAUGUAGAACAUUUUAACCCUCGGGAUUAUCUAGAAAAAUAUUACAAUUUUGGGUCCAGAAACUCUACCGAAAACCAGAUCCUUAGGCACCUUCUGACAUAUCUUUUCAAGAUACUCUGCGAGGGUGGGGUGGAAGGAGACCUCCUGAUUGACAUUGGCUCUGGCCCCACCAUCUACCAGCUCCUCUCUGCUUGUGACUCCUUCAAGGAGAUCAUCACUACUGACUACCUGGACCAGAACCUGCAAGAACUGGAAAAGUGGCUGAAGAAGGAACCAGGAGCCUUUGACUGGUCCCCCGUGGUGACCUAUGUGUGUGAUCUGGAAGGGAACAGAGUCAAGGGGCCCGAGAAGGAGGAGAGGUUGAGGCGGGCAGUCACGCAGGUGAUGAAGUGCGAUGUGACUGAGCGCCAGCCUCUGGGUGGGGCCCUGCCCCCUGCUGACUGCCUGCUCAGCACUCUGUGCCUGCAUGCUGCCUGCCGCGGCCUGCCCGGACCUCCCUGCCUACCCGCUGCCCUCAGGAACCUCAGCAGCCUGCUCAAGCCAGGCGGCUUCCUGGUGCUUGUGGAUGCGCUGAAGAGCAGCUACUAAGCGGUUUUCAAGCAGCGGUUCUCCAGCCUCUGCCUCGGCCCAGAGGCAGUAGAGGCUGCGGUGAAAGAGGCCGGCUAUACCGUCGAGCAGUUUGAGGUGAUCUCUCAGAGUUACUCCUCGACCACUUCUGACAACGAAGGGCUUUUCUUUUUGGUGGGGAGGAAGCUGGACAGUACCAGCCCACCACCACCACCACCACCACCGAUUACCACCGUAAUCAUCGAGAAUAUGUUUAAAGAAUUAGCAAAGACAAAUACCAUGGGAACUCGCUUCUCAGCAACGAGGAUUCCUCCAGCUGCCUUCUCCGAGUUGCUCUGCUGCCUGCUUCCCAUUCAUAUCAUUUCUUCACCAGACAGAGUCCAAGGCUGA